AUGGUGGAGUGAAAGGUCCAAGCGCACCUCGGCCUUGCCUUGGAGUUACAGUCAGCUAUUCUAUUCAGCAAGUAAUAUCUAUUCCAUCCGUCUGGAAUGGAACUCUGCAACCUUACGGAUUCAGAGCCACGUUGGUGCUUCAAAAUUCUGGCCUAAGGGAUGUGAAAGGGUGGGACGUUAUCAUUGAGUUUACCCACAACGAGCUAAUCACAGCUAUCAAGUACGCUCAAGUUGGACCUGAGCUUCCAUACCCAGGAAAGAACCUUAUCAUAUCCGGCAUUCCCGAGCUUAGCGAUACUAUUGUCACGGCGAUUCAUGCUGGGGGUGAUUCUACUUUGUAUUCUGUCAACGCUAGCAUCUCUGGAACAGAGUAUGGAGCGCCUUCUCCUCCAAAAGCUCUACCUCGAACUUUGUACCUUAUCAAUCCUGGCUACAAGUGCCAGAGGGAUUUUCCACAAUUUCCAUCUGAUCGGAGUCUUCAGGUCUGUUGUGAAGAAAGUGCAGUCAUCAGUCCACCGCCUCCACCCCCUCCACCUCAAGGAAUAUUAGGCGCUGAGGACAUUGAAGUUCGUUAUGACGUUUCAUGGGUCGACACCAUGUACUACUGGGUUCUCGUUUCAGUUUACAACAAGCAGCAAGAUCGCCGGGUUUCCUCCCCAGGGUGGGGCCUAUCGUGGAUGUGGCAACAAAACGAGAUUGUUUGGGAGGUUAAGGGAGCUCAAGCAACAGAUGCGGGAAACUGCAUCGAGUCUGCAUUAGCUGAUGUUUAUGGGCCUGAUAUUCAGACAGCGCACACGUGUAGAAAGAAGCCGACGUUUGUGGAUUUGCCACUACAGUCAUACUCUCAAGAAAGCUAUCCGGAACCAGCAGUUUUCAACCUGCAACUCUCAUGUUGCAAGAAUGGUACUUUGGGUAUGCCAUCUUUCCCAAGUGGAGAUCCUGCCUUUUUCACUGUGAAGGGUAAUUCAAGUGUGGCUCAAUUCAGAAUGCGUGUAGGGCGGGCUAAGGCGAAAAAAGGGUAUGAGAAUGUGGUCCCACCAAGAAAUAUGUCAGUUGGUCUACCAGGGUUUACAUGCGGUGGGGCAGAAAAACUCCACCCUUCUGUGUUUCAGCUGGAUGCAGGCCGAAACAAGACUGCAGUAUCAUCGUGGCGCUACGUCUGUAACAGAAAUGCUAAGACUGAAAGGCCUGCUUGCUGUGUCUCGUUUUCUGCAUCCUACAACACUACUAGGUUUGGAACGCCAUAUGUUGUACCAUGUGCGAAAUGCGCAUGUGGGUGCAACAUAACGAAAGGGUCGUUGAAUCAAAGCGAUCCCUACCCCACUAUCUUGGGGGAUGGAAAGUGCCUUCGAGAACAAGUUGGGCGAGCAGGGGACUUGAUGAUUCUGAAGUCAAUUACAAAAAGCACAGACACAGGGGCGAUAUCUUCCAAGUGCAGUGACAACUGUACAUCACAUGUUCACUGGCACAUUGUGGACUUCUACCAGGAAGGCUUCGUUGCAAAGUUGACUAUUGCUAACAGGGAGAAUACAAGCAUACCUGAAUGGUUCGCUGUGGUGAGGAUGCCAGCUCUUGACAACGUUUCAGCAGUGUAUUCUUUUAACAACGCAACAAUUUCCCGUGAUACUGCUCUGUUUUGGGGGCAUGAGUAUAGCAACAAUUGGUUAUUGAGGACUGCUCCAAACGCAAAAUUUCUGGGGAAUGUUCAGUCUGUAAUGAAG